UGACGACGAUCAUCGUCCGCCCGACUACCGCAGCGGCUAUACCUACCCGCCGGGCGUGUGCACGUCGGUCGAUCUCCGGCAGGAAUCCCAAUCCAAUCUCAUCUUUCUAUCCAUCGGGUUGUUCUUGCCUUUUCAAACCGGAUAUUUUGACCAGGGCAUCGCAUCAUCCCCUUUUCUUUUUCUUGAGGGCAUGCAAUCUGGUGUCUAUGCUCUGAAGUCUGAACAACAUGCAGAGAUCGAGCUCGAUCACUGACGAAGUACACUGCCGGCCGGCUUCGGUCGCAUCUCCGGAACCUCGCAUGAAUAUACUGCUACUGCAAAUAAGAAGCUCUCCGUUGGCGCCGUUGUCAGGAAUCGAAUACCAUCCGUUUUGCACUUUGCAGCUACAUAAAUAGCCGUCCGUUUCUUACAGCCCAACCAACCAUGCAAGCAAGCACGAUGACUACUGUUUGCCGCGUCUCUGCACUUGCUUAGGUGACUCACUCACUGCCGACCAUGGACAACUCUUCAGAUGCUCACAGCCGUCACAGGUGCGCGGCGUGCUACCGUCAGUUCAACCGGAUGGAGCACCUGGUGGAGCACAUGCGGUCGUCGCACCACUCCCACCACGAGCCCCGCUGCGGCGUCUGUGGCAAGCACUGCCGCUCCAUCGACGCGCUCCGCGACCACCUCGGCUUCGGCGCCUCCCUGCCCUCCAAGCCCGCCUGCGCCACCGCCUUCCAAGCCCACGGCUGCCCGCUCUGCCUCGCCGUCUUCCCCACCGCCAGCGCCCUCCGCGCUCACUGCGCCGCAUGCAAGCUCUCCCGCGCUCCGAUCCCCUCAUCCGUCCAGAGCCUCACGAGGACUAUGUCGAGGAUGGGCGCGCGAGGCGGUCGCGGCGCGGUGGCGCUGGGGUGCAAGAUGGUCGGUGGCGGGAGCGACGGCACUCUCGACGUGCGCGCGCGCGUCUGCGUCGUCGAUGAGCACGAGUCCAUCCUCUACGAGAGCUUCGUGAAGCCGCUCAUCCCGGUGACGCACUACCGGUACGAGAGCACGGGCAUCCGCCCCGAGCACCUCCGCGACGCGCCCACCGUGAAGCAGGCGAUGCGGCGGGUGCAGGACAUCCUCCUCAACGGCGAGCAGUCCUACUCCUACUCCUACUCCUCCCGCGGCGCCGCCCGGCUCCUCGUCGGCCACGGGCUGGAGCACGACCUCGACGCGCUCGGCAUGGACUACCCGGCGCACCUGAAGAGGGACACGGCGGUCUACCCGCCGCUGAUGAAGACCAGCGCCAGGCUCAUGAGCAACUCGCUCCGGUAUCUCACGCGGAGCUGCCUGGGCUAUGACAUACAGACCGGCGGCCACCAUCACCCCUACGAUGACUGCGUGGCCGCCAUGCGCCUGUACAAGAGCAUGCGCGCCAUGAGGGAUCAGCACGGCCGGCCCAAGGACGAUGAUGAUGAGUCCACAGCCAAGGCCUUCCCGGCGUGGAGGCAGCGGGAGCUGGAGCGCAUGUCGCCGGAGGAGCUCCUCGCGAUGUCCAGGCCCGACUACCGAUGUUGGUGCCUUGACGACGACCGGCGAUGCUGACGGAUUCGAAUCUUGGUUGGCGCUUUUACUUGGUGGUGAUGAUGAAAGAUAGGAGAAUAUAAAAUGCCGUGUGCGUUGGAUCUCGGAUGGAUAGCUGCCGUACCUUACGAUCGACGUGUGGUGGUCGAAUAAAGUUGCCUGACUUUCAAAUGUUGGUCAUUAGGGGGCUGUUUGGUUUGUGCCCCAACUUGCCCAACCAAAAUUUUGGCAUGACCAAAAAAUUGGCAAGUUGUUAUUGUUUGGAUUGUAGCCAUUGUACCUCCCAAAAAUUUGGCAAG